AUGUCGGUGCAGGACACGCGCGUGCACAUUCGCAUUUUCGCUGCGUUUGUUGCAGUCAUCAUUGCAGCGUUACCGGCAUGGUGGUACCUAACUACCAUUGAACGGCUUCCCCUGCCGACAGAGCGCGUUCGUGCAUACCAGGAGCGGGGCACGUGCCCUGUGAAGAAUACCUUUCGGAUCUGUGUCACCGAGCCUGUGGGUACAGAUGUGGUCAUGGAUUCCCUUAACGAGAUGAAGCGCAUGGAGGAGCUCGCAUGUAUGGAGGACAACUUGUGCCUGAAGUACGACAUGGCAGAUACCUGCGAUCCGACGCCGUCCCUUAUGCCGCCUCACCACGCGCUUCGACCUGUGCAUGUACCCUUGGAGGGCACGAAGAAUGUGCCAAAGCAGGUACACAAGCAUAUGGCACACUAUUUGGGCAUUCCCUUGGCGCAUACGCAGCAGGGCAAGAAUUGUACCACCGAGGAUGCGCGCGUGAUACCCUAUGCUCCACGACUACGAAUCGUUUUCAGCUUACUGCAGGAAGAUGCAAGCCGUGGCCAUGCGAUCCAUGGAUGGGACCUGCAGCAUGCGUUGGAGACCAUCGAUGCGCCUGCCCUCGCGCCCCUGCGCCGCAUCGUCGAUGCCAUGGCAUACGUGCACGACAUUGAGCUCGAGAGUCAGAUUCAAUGGUACGCGCCCCUCGAGUUCGAACCACACGAGGAGACUGUGGACGAGGCGCGAGUGUACACUGCAUCGAUGGAUGACGUACGCGUGUUCAUCAAUUCGCCGCAAUGGAACCUCGAGUCAUACGGCACUCACAACACGUCGACCGCUGCCGAGGAGCGUACUCUGCACUUUGUACUUUUCCUCCCGAGCGAUACACACAGCCCCUUGUACAUGCGUAAAGACGACCAAUCGCUCGUGACACAGCCCGCAUGGCUCGUGCCCCAGUGGGGUGGCGUUGUUGUGUGGAAUCGCGAUGCUUCGUUGCGUGCUGAGCCUCUGAUGACCUUGGACGAGCUGCAGGAGCCUGUGCGUCUCUUUGCGGAGCAGCUCGCGAUACUCCUUGGCAUCGAGCUGGAGAAUGUGGCCCCUAACGACCACAAGGCCUUGGCCCUUGCCGUGGAGGGCCUCCAGUGGCGCCGCACCCUCGAGAUGGCCCGUGGUACCGUCGAAACUCUGGCAAGUAUCGAUCGACUUGUGCGCAAAAUUUCGAACCUGGGCGUCAAUGCAGACGUGCGCGAUAACUAUGCAGCCUCACUCGAUAUGCUGGACGCGUGCGAAGCGAGCUUGCAGGGGCCAAAUAGCUCCGUUUCCACGGCGCUGACACAUGCCAGUCGCGCGUAUCGUCUCGCUUCACAAUCCUUUUACGAUCCCUCCAUGCUGGCCAUGCUCUAUUUCCCUGAAGAACACAAUGAAGCAUCGCAAGGCGCGCCGCUCGGUGGAGGCGCGCCAAUCAUAAUGCCCAUAGUUGCCACCGUCAUGUCACGACGACGCGAGGCGCAGGACCUUGAGCGCGCUCUGGCCCUGUCCGCCCGGGAAGGCACGCGUCAGAACCUUCCGUCUUCGUCGCUUAGCACACUUGAUCAUCCAAGUCGCGAGUCAGCGUGCCCGUCGCCAGGUCGCUCUGAGGCCUCCUGCGUCGAUGGACAGGGCGAAGAACUAGCUCGAUGCGACAUCGGCGCGAAAACGCCUAUUUGGCAAGCGUACGCUCCCAUCACUGACGCAGCUAUUACUUCCCUGCUUCCCUCAUCGCCUUCAUAUGUCCCUGGCUUGAAGCGGCAUGUUCGUCUCCCACCCCUUCAUACCAACCGGCGCCCACCCCCACCGCCCAAGCCGCGACUGCCCAAGAAGGAGCCCAAAAAGACUGCCGCGGACUCUGGGUCAGAGGAAGGCGAGCCUGAGCCUGAGAUCGACUACGAAAACGAAGGAUUUUUGUAG